GGUGGAUGCUAUUCGACUGGAGGAGAAGGCUAUUCUGUGAUUGGGAAACACUGAUCAUCUAGAUUGAAGGAAGGAGGUAUAUAUGAUCAAAUCAAGAUUGGCAAGAAUCAGAAGAUGAGUGAUAGAAAAACGCUGCGUUCGAGAACAAGAGGUCGUAGGCCUCCAGUAUCUUACAGCUGUGAGGAGGAUGAGACAGACACGAGCACGGCGUCGGACCAGAACACCGACCACUCGCCUACGGGCCGCCAGAGCAAGGUCAAGUGUAAGGGUGGUUAUUGUAGCGACUCUGGGACCGCCUACAACCACCGGAGACAGAGACUGCCUCCCAUCGGUGUGUUCUGGGACAUAGAAAACUGUCAGGUACCUAGAAACAAGUCAGCUGCAGGGGUAGCUCAAGUUAUCCGAGAAGAAUUUUUCUCGGGUUACGAAGAGAGUGAGUUUGUGGUGGCUUGCGAUGCAAACAGAGAGUCACAACAAGUGGUGAAUGAGUUGAAUGAUGCACAGGUGUGUGUGUUGCACGUUCCGUCCCAGAGUAAGAACGCGGCAGAUGAGAAGUUGAGGCAUGGGAUGCGCAAGUUUGCUCAUACGCACGGCUCGGGCUCGGCUGUAGUGCUCAUAUCGGGAGACGUCAACUUUGCACCCGACCUCUGUGAUCUUAGACAUAGGUAUAAGAUAUAUGUGAUACUAGUCCAUAAUGAUAGCUGUUCUGAGUCGCUUAUCAUGUGUGCCCAUGAGACUUACCGCUUCAGUAAUCUGGUAGCCAACCUGCCAAUGAGAAGCAAUGUCAGCACAAACCAGCCGUCGGAAGUGACGGUGAGUGGGCUGCCGUUGCAUCAUGACGCGGGGAAGGUGAGAGCUAGACUGAAGCGGUUGGCGGAGAACUGUGGAGGCAGGGUGGGGCUAGUGGUGGGGACACGGGCUACAGUGCAGUUCAGCUCCAUGGAGUUUGGCAUCAGGGCUCAGAAGAGGAUGGACGGAGAAGAUGUUUUUGGUUCUCAGAUUGCUGUGAGCCAUCCGGUUAUUGUCAACAAUCCACAGCGCUCCAAUGAGCAGUCUCCAAUCAAAUAUUUUAAAAAACCUGUACUCAACGGAUUCAAGUAUGAAGACAAAAGAGUUCCUCACGUUGAAGACCAGAGGAGUUUUCACAAGCCUAUUCCUCCAUUCAACAACAGUACAAAUCAUCAGAGCAACGGAGUGUUUAAAAAACCAUUCCCUGUCAGGAAUUUAUUCAAUCAAGAAAACGUUCCAGUGAAUUCUAAAUUCAACCAACCAACAUGGGAACGAACACAAUCACAACAGAAUGGACUUCCAGUUGCUUCAUCGUACCCAGGCAAACAGAACAGUGGAAGUAAUUUUCCUGCUUAUGAGCCUAGGACAAAUGAAGGAUACUCUAAUGGAAGGCAUUCGCUAGAUUCCAUGCUAGAUUUUGAUCCUGACCGAGAAGAGAGAGAAAAAGAGUCAAACGCAACUUUUGAAAACUGGCUUAGAAACAGCACCAGCAAUUUGGACAAGAAGGUUGUUCCCGUGGUGAAGGUGAACACUACCAUCCCACCUCCGCCCAUUGUCAACCUCCCAAGGAGAAAUGACAAGUAUUUCUUCCACCCUAUUGACACCAUGACUAACGGACACCCAGUAAGCUCUCCAUCUCCUGCAUCUUCCUCUGAUGCGUCAGAACCAGCCAGAUGCUGGAUACACAGUGGUGUACAGAGUAAAGACUGCUCAUUGGCCAGUGUCACUGUCCGUCUAAGUGAUUUCUCCACCAGAAUCAUGGCGUUGGUUACGUCUCACAAUAACAGAAUACCCCUCUCCAGUCUACGGGAUUGUUAUGAGGCACAGUUUGAGAUGAUGGCAUCAGACUCCAGGAGUGUAACCUUAGAACACUUGGUGACCUGUGUGUGUAGCGUGGAGGUGGUUAAGUCCUCCAGUGGCAAAUAUCUCCGGCUGGCGACCAACGUGUCCCCUACCUUCUCGGAUCCACCGGUGAUGGAAGAGCCUUUGCUCCAGUUGUCCAAAGAUCUUCAAAACCUGUUGAAGAAUCAGCCAAGGUGCCAGAUUGCGUUUGACAAUGUGAUUGCUGUAUACCACAAAGCCUAUGGGAAGCCAUGCAAACUUUCUGACUACGGAUGUACCAAAUUGGUACAGCUGGUUGACAAACUUUCUCACACAAUUCAGGUGUUGGGAGAAAAGACAGACAGAGUGUUGACGCUGACUCACCGCGCUCAAGUGCAGCGCUUCACCUCUGACUUGUCUCAAGUGCUGUUGUCUACACCAAGUGGACAAAUAACUGUCCGUGAACUGCCUCAGAUGUGGUUCACAACUUUAGGACGUACAGUGGAGCCCAAAGAUUACGGUUUAUGCUACCUGGAGGAUCUGCUGGGCUUUGUACCUGCCAACAUUGCAGUAGUGACAGGAGAAUCAAUAUCACUGCCUUCUACAUCACAGCGUACUGGGGAGCAGUCCAGGCGACUGGAGCUGUUGGUUACACAGAUUAUAGAACUGCUGAGCAAGGAAGCCAACUUCAAGAUGGACUUUGCAAAGUUCUGUCCGGCUUACCAUAAACAUUUCGGAACUCAGUGCAAACUCUCAGAUUACGGAUUCUCCAAGUUGGCAGAACUUUUUGAAGCCAUUCCAAAAACUGUAACAAUUGAGGAAGAUAAAGAGACGGGUCGCCAGGUGUCUCUGACUCACCCAGAGAGAUUGCGGGUGUUGUCUGGUCGGGUCAAGUCUCUUGUGGUGGCCAAACACCCGCCGGGUCUGUAUGUCGAUGGGUUGGCGUGUGAGUACCUGUUCAAAUACGGCCACGCCCUGCGACCUCACAACUACAACUGUUCUUCAGUACUUGAGCUCGUCAAGAAACUGGAUACAGUCAAGGUUUUAAUGUACGGAUAUGAAAAACCAAUCUUAGUGCCAGAGUCUGCUGAACAAGGAGCAAAUGUGAAAAAAGGCAAGCCAAAGUCUUGCCAACCAAAAGCCAAUCAGGAAGUGAAAAUUCCUGGAAAUAAAACGAAGACCAACGGAGAUGUAACCGGAUCAUCAGCAGCUUUGCUUGAACUGCUGAAAAAAGCACAAAACUGUCCAACAGGUAGCAACGGUGUUAAGAGUGUUGGGUUGUACAACCAAUUAAAGCCAAUGAAAGCAGAGCAAGGGCAGGUGAUGUUGCUCUCACCAGCUGAGUUUCUGCGACCUCCCACUCACGUCAAGAAACCGAUGUAUGCGAGCAUAUUCCCGUCCUCACCUGACCCAUCCACACUGCCGACCCCUGUGGGCUUCACACUAGCAGAGGCCAGCAAUGUAGGCCUACUUGACCUCGGUGUCAAAUUACUGGAAGAUAUUGAGGUGACCGAUCACAACCGAUGUAUGCAAGGAGCAAAGUUGGCCCCGCAGUUUUGUUCCCCCCUGCAGCUCAAGUAAGUUGAGUGACGCCGACCCAAUUAGUCUUUCAUAACAUUUCCGUAACUCAAAGAGGGACUAGUUAUAUCUUUGAUACUUUUUUUAAUGAAAGUACUUUUCCAACCGAAGAGACUAUUGAGGCAUUUCCCGACGAAGAUUCCUUCUUAUCUUUCUUCGAUCAGGACCAUCUUAUAGAGAUUUAUUAUAGUUUUAUUUACAAAGUAUUUUUAGACUGGUAUUGUGAUUAGAUACUUUAUUUAACGCCAACAUCUGCACAUAUGAUGUCGAUAUUUUUUUUUUAGUUUUUGAUUUUAGAUUUAGUACCUAGGCAUAUCAAGUGAAAGGGUACGGAAAUCGAAGGAAACUUUCAAGUUCUAUUGCUUGAUGUGUUAUUAAGAGUUUUGGUAAAUUAGAAUUGUCGUUUGAUGAAUGAAAAGUCUUUAAAGAUUAUAAGGAUGGAUUAUAAGGAUGGAUACAGUUUGGAUUAUGUAAUCGUUUUACAAAUUAAUUUAAGAUUUUUGCUUUUGAAUCAUACCAAUUAUCACUAUUAGAGUUGAUGAUCAUUAAAAAUCUUAUGAUUAUCAAGGUAACUAAAGUAAGGUUAUUAAAUUAAGAGUGGUUGCAGUUUUUGAACGUAUUGUGUUUGUUAUGUUAGGCUGGUCUUAUUGGACAAAAUCCAACAGGGAUGUUUAAAACUUGGUUAAAAACUCAGUUGAAUUUUGUCCAGUAACAAACGUGUAUGGAGUUUUGUUAGAUCUACCACAAGACCAAAUAAUAGUAGUAAUAGUGUUUAGUUUUAGCUUCAAUUUUUUUUUUGUUAACAGAAAAGGAAAAAAGGUAAAAAAUAUAUUUGUUAUACAAUAUCAAUAUGUUGAUAUUAGAUUCCUUUGACUGUGGUUUUCGGUUAGGUGAUUAAAUUGAUGUUAAGGUUGAGAGUGAUUUUAAUGAAUUUCUCAUUCUUAAUGUUUUUAAUCACUCAUUAGAGUUUAAUAUUGUAAUUUUCUUAGUUAUGUCCUUUGUAAAGAUUAUAUAUGUAUUUAAUUUUAAACUGUUGAGUAUGAGUAUAUUGAAUGAAAUAAUACAAGUUGAUUCUUGUAAUGAAAAGUCUUUGGGAUUAAGGGAAAUUCCUAUAGUAAAACUUUUCUUUGUAAAUUUCAAAUUAUGAUCAAUAAUAUAGAUUUAUAUAUUUAAUUUUUUUUUGUUUUUUAUUGUUACAAAUGAAUUUAGGAUGUCUGGAAAUACCGCCUAAUGAAACUGUUUGUAAUUCUCAAUAAUG